UCUAUAGACUAUCACGUGACAUAACAAAAUGGCGUAAACAUAUAAGUUUGUGUGUAGACUAGUGAGCCAGUAUAAGAUAGAUCUAAAUAUAAAAGGUUAAUUUAUUUAUAGUACUAGAAUAUAGAUUGUAGACUUAGAUCUACAUUGAGAUCUUAUAUUUAUCUUUGCUUUCCCACUAGUCAGAAGUCUAGUUCAUAUUUACUAAGUAGACUAUUUAAGAUAAAGAAUUAUUAAAUCAUGCUUCGAUCUCUUUCAAUUUGUCAAAGGGCUCAAAAGCGUUUAUUUUGUAUAUCAAGUGCUCAAUCAGUUGAGGGUAACAACCGUAAAUUAAAAGACGCAAAGUUAAAAUUGGAAUCACACAUUCUGUGUGAACACAGAGAACUAGAUCAAGUGUCAAAGGCAUUCAGAAAAUCUUUUUAUUCUAGCCGAAUUAGAUCUAACAAAUCUUAUUGCUUCACUUUAAAUCGUGCUUCUCCAGCAUUCAGCGUCAAUUUUAUUCGAGAAAUUCAGUGUAGUAGUCAACUUGGAAAUGGGUCAUCACAUAAUGAUAAGCCUGUUCAUAAUCACAGAAACUGUUGGAAUUGUGGCAGAAAUACUAGCCCUGUGUUGGAGUUGUUUUUCUGUGAUUGUGGUGUUGUACAGAAACCUGCCAUUGAGUUAACAUAUUUUGAUAUAAUGCUUUUGGAACCUUCUUUUGAUAUUGACAUCAAGAAAUUGUCAGAUGUUUUCAAAGAAACACAAAAGAAAUUGCAUCCAGAUAAGUUUUCUGCUAAAUCAGAGAUGGAGCGUAAACUGGCACAGGAACAAUCCUCCUUGUUAAAUAAAGCUUAUGGUGUGCUCUUGAAGCCUCUAAGCCGAGCUCUUUAUUUGUUGGAACUGCAAGGCAUCACCAUAGAAGAUGAUACAAAAUUGACAGACUCAGAAUUUUUAAUGGAAAUCAUGGAAAUCAAUGAAAAGAUCAGCAGCAUUGCUAGUGAGAGUGACUUGAACUCUGUGGAGGCUGACAAUAGCUCACAGAUAGAAAAUUGCCUUGUGCAGCUCUCACACUCAUUCAGUCUGAAGGACUACUCUAAAGCAAAGGUCAUGACAAUUCGACUGAGAUAUUAUACGACCAUUCAGGAAAGACUAUUCGAGUUAAGAAGAAGUCGGUUAGGCUAGUAUUUACUAAAAAAUUUUAUUUUGUAAUUCAUUAUAUUUUUGUAUGCCCUGUUUAUGUAUAUUAAAAAGAAUAUAUAUUCUUUGUAAUAGUUAAAUACACUUAUUGUUACUUCAGAUAUUAUUUAUUUAUUAAAGAUUUUAUUGUACAACUCCUUACCUUAAGUUGUUCAAGUUCUCACAAUAAAUUGUGAAAAAAAUGUCAGUGAUUGUUUUGUUUUUUUUACUUUGGUAAGAAAGAAAAUAAUUUUCUUUUAUAACUAUUAGCAUAAAAAAACACCAAGAUAAUUGUUUUCUUUGUUUUCAUACAAACUCGUAGGUGCCCUCUAUUGAUCUGCUUUUUAGUAAGCAUUCCUAGUUAAAAAGGCAGGGUUAGGUAUUUUAGGCCUCUAAAGUUAGAUAACUACUGCUUAUGUUUUGACAAAUGAAUAUGUCACUAGUGAUCUAAUAUUCCAGUAAUUGUUAAUAUAAACAGAACUUGAAGCACACAAUAUUACUUUGGGAUGACUAAAUGUCAUUGGAGAAUUUCAUGUGAGGAUAGUCAGGAAAGCAUACCAUGGCCAUUUCAAUUUAAAAGUAUGAUUAUAAUUACUCAUUGAUGACCUGCAUGACUAGAAAUGAUUACAUCAUUUAAGACUUAGAACUAUUGAUGGCAGUAUAGGUCACAUAAAUGAGUACUGGUACCAAUUUCAAAUAAAAUAAACCACCGUCUAUUAAAUCAUGCUAAUAAAAAAUGUGUAAAUAUCUGCACCACAGAGUGCACAUUACAUUUUUAGUGGUUUUUUUUUUUUUUUUAAAACAAAAGUAAAUGUUUUGGUAAACCAAUAGUGCAACUGAAAUGAUAAGUAAUUAUAAAUGUGUGUGUGUGACAAAAUUGUAACCCUGUGUAAUUACUUCCCCUAUCAUCACACCAUUAUUAACACUUUGUCUUUAAGUUCUUCUGUGCUUAGCAUGCUACAAAAUAUGGGGACAUUUUCAAGUUUUUGAGGUCUAAAUGUAGAAGACAGACCAUAAAUACUCGACUAAACAGCCCUCCCUUUUAUUCACCUAUAACUUAAACAACAAAGCAAGAACUAAAAACCUCAUUGCCAUUACAUACACUUUAUUUUUGCCAAUCAUUCAUGAAUGUCAAUAAUCUGAAGUUCAUACCUGAUGAAACAUUCAAACAAACAAUGAAAUUGCAAUGAAAUAAUUAACAACUGUAACAAAUGAUGAAAUAUAAGAAUGACAAGAAAGGAAAUCUUUCUCAGUGUGUGUUGUAGAGGUACAAGCAAUGCAUAACACAUCAAAACUCAACCACCACAAGCACUUCCCAAUAUUUUGCAGUUACACUUGUCCUCUUCUGCCUAAAUGAGUCAAUUUGAAUUUUUCAUGCUUAGCCUAAGUAUAGUUUACAUAGAAGUUUUAUAACAACAGAAAUAGUUUUACAGAAAUUCCUUAUUUUCAUUGAGAAAUAUUGAUUAGCUUAAAAUAUAUGGUAUUAUUACAAGAUUAAUUUUGAACUCAAUAUCCUGUAUGUGAAUUAGGAAAAUGAAUAUUUAUUCUUUGAGUAAAUUGUAUAUGCUCUUUAUAUUUUAACUGCUUCUAUUAAGCCAUUUGUUAGGACUCAUUGACAGUGGACAAUUAUUUUAUGCAAAAUAAGAAGAAAAAGUGUAUUUCCAUUAAUCUAAAAUAAAAGAUAUAUUUAAAAUAAGACUCCCUUGGUAUUUUUCUGAAAUUUAGAAAGUAAAAAAAUGAAACUCUGGAGGUAUUUUUCUUAAGUAAAAAUGAAGCGCCCAUGAUAUUUUUCUAAACUCCUGACUUGAUAUAGUUAGAAAUCAAUGAAGAUUCCAUUGAAAAAGUUUUCAAGAUUAUAUAUUUAGUAAAACAUAAUGUUUAUUUGCCAAUGGUAGUAGCUAACUAGAGAAACUUACCAAAUUGGCGGAUGCCAGUUUUUUUUUUUUUAUUAUAUAAUUAAACACACAAAAAAGCAAUAAUUUAAAUAUAAGACAGAGUAUCCCGUAUGUUGUAAUACAAAUGUGUCAUAGAAAAAAGGAGGGAGGACAAAAAUAUUUUUGUCUCUAAUCAUACUAUGUGUACACUAUGAUCAGACACCAGUAGUCCUAUGAUGCUUACAUUCUGAGUGAAAAAUAAUUUACAACAUAGGCCGAGGCAUGUUUAGUGUUUAGACAAAGACAUCAUUAAAUCAUACAAUUUGUACAUUAUGAGAUAAUUAACAUUAUAAUCAUAACAUACAUUAAGAAUAAGACAUCAGUAAUCCUAACAUACAUUAAGAAUAAGACAUCAGUAAUCCUAACAUACAUUGCAAUCAAAGACUCAGUAAUCCUAACAUACAUUAAGAAUAAGACAUCAGUAAUCCUAACAUACAUUGCAAUCAAAGACUUAAGUUUACCAAACAUGCUUACAUUAUAGAUCAGAUACUUGGCUACCACAACACCAAUCAGGAUAACAUGCUCACCAUGACAAUUACAACCAACAUAUUUGUACAUUAUAUCAGAGAAUUCUUUCUCACCAAUGUACAGUUUAGUUUGUGAUCUUCAUGAUGAACAAAUUCAAUUAGAACUCUUACAUUAGCAUCACUACUAGACAAGAUUAGAGAUUUGAAGACCACUAAAGACCUAACAACACUUAAUGAACAUCAUCUUAACAACCAAACAAAUGUGAAGUGUCAUCCUAUUAUGCAGUAGAUCUCUUUAAAAAAAAAACAA